AUGGGAAUAUGCAAAUUGUUGUCAUUGGUAUUUUUAAUAGUUAGUAAUUUCUCUAUAAAAUGUAAAUGCACAGAUUUAGGAUACUCAUGUAAUGAAAUAUACAGGGAGGGGUUUAUUUUAUACACUAAUAAUUCAUGUCCAGUAUCUACUUCUAUAAGAAGUAAUCUACUGAAUACUUCUGGAUAUACUGUAAGUAAUAAUAUUAGAUCUAAUGCACUAGAUUUUAGUGGAUAUUCUAAACCUACAAUUGAAGAGAAAAAUAACUUAAUGGAAGAUAUGGAGUGGAAAUUAGAGAAUUAUACCAUUUGUAAUACAGAGGUAUAUAACGCAAAUAUUAUUGAUUAUUUAAAAAAGCAAAUACACAAUAAGGAUAAGAUAUAUUUUACAAAUCUCAGUCCAUAUAGUUGUAGAGUGUCCUUUUUAAAGAAAUAUAACAAAAUGAUGAUAUCAAAGAGAACAUUAAUUAUAUUUCAGUCAUAUCAAAGAUUUGUACAUCUACUUGAUAUUUUAUCUUCCAGACGUCCUUGUCCUUUUUGUAAUGGUUGUAAGGAUACACAUCUUAAUAAAUUACCUUCUUGGAUACCUCCAAUAUUGCAUAAACAGCUGAGAUCUCUAAAUGAGUCAUUAGAUUAUAAAUUGUGUUAUACUUUAAAGAAUAGUCCAAAAAUUUAUAGUGAAAUAUUGGCAAUCUUAAAUAAUUUAAAAAAGUUAAAUUCAAAUGUAGGUAAUACAUCAGAUAUACCAAUAGAGCUUCGAGAUAUCCUAGAAGAUAAAACAAACUUAAGAUUAGAUGAAUAUCCUUUAAUAUAUUUUGGUGAUAUACUAAAUCUGUUUUAUGAAGAGCUUAGAAAUAAUGCAGUACAAUCUUCAGUUUGUCGUCCUUUCCAAUAUUUAUACAAAUGUUCUUGGCAUCCUGAUUAUGAAAGUAAGGAGAUCUUAUCUAAUUUGAGAUCUGUUACAAAAUUUAUGGCAAUUUGUCUUGACCCUUCAAGCAAAAAUAGAAGAUUAAGUAGUAUAAACACUAAUGAUCCAAACUCAACUACUGUUGAGAGUAUUUAUAUAUCUAGCAAUAAAAUAGUACCUAAUGAUCCAAUUAUGUUUAGUACAGUUAAUCCGACAAUUUCUAUAUCAUCUAAUCACACUACUUUAUCAGAUAGAAGUAGUGAUUCUUCAGUUACAAGUAUUAAUAACAAUCAGUCUAACAUUUUCAAACUGAAUAGAAAUAUUUUGAAAUAUCCUAAAGAUUCAAAAAUUAAGACUUCUUUCCCAUCCUCUUGUGAACCUCCAUUCUUUGAUAAUUUGAUUAUUCCAAAAUUAACUAAAUUUUCAGGUGAUAAAAGUAAUAAUUACCACUCUCAUCAUCAUGACAAGACUAAUUAUAACUUAUGUGGUUUCAAUAAUCAAAAAAAAUCAAAGAUAUUAUCCUCAGAAGAAGAUGCAGUUGUAAUUGAUACUGCUUUAACAAAUAGAAAUGUAAUUCAAGGAACUUCAUAUUUGCCACAAUUAGCAGCUUUACAUUAUGACUAUGCAUCUAGCGCAUCUAAUAGUAGGUUAUUAGAUUGGAGCAGUGAUAUUACACAUCCUAAGUCUAUCCAGUCUUCAGAUCCAGAUUCUUACCUGUUAGUACCUUGUUAUAAACCUAUGUGGUUUAUUAUUGGUUUUCCAGAAGAUAUACUCGUUGAAUAUAUUGCCUUAUUUUCCCAAGAAUAUUUCUCUUCUUCAUACCAAGACCUUGAAGUUCUUGUAAGUCUUGUAUAUCCAACUAAACAAUGGCAAUCUCUUGGUAUAUUACGAAGAGAUUCAAAAUUAUCAAAGGAAAUGUUCGAUAUCAAACCAUUAUGCAUAAGAGAUAAUACUGAUGUGAAAUAUCAAUAUAAUAGAGAUAUAAAUGUAUCAAAUUCUAAUCCUUGUUGGAUAAGAUACAUGCAGAUUAGGGCUUUGUCUUUUUAUAAGGAAGAAGGACACUACUAUUGUCAUUUAUCUAGGUUGCAAGUUUUUGGAAAUAAUGUCUUGAGUCGCCUUGAAGCUGAGAUAAAUGGUGAAAGAAGUAACUCAAUACCUCUUUCAGGAGUUGAGAGCGUUAAGGAUGUAGAAAAUAGACUUAGAAAGUAUGAUAUUAAUAAUUUUGAUCAUACAGCCAAUAGUGAAAUCUUUGAAUCUACCAAAAGUAUUGUAAAUUUCAAUAGUAUGAAAAAUGACUCCAAUAUCACUAAGAUAGAAUUAAGAAACUGGAUACCAACCAAUCUAGAAGAUAGUAUGGUAUCCUAUAGAGAUAAAAUACUGGGUUCUCAUGAAGUAAGUUCUCCACUCUUAUAUAAAAUAACCACAGCUGAUCAUCCUCUCCUCUCAUUUGUCAACCGUGUUAAAUAUCUUGAAGAGAAAAUGAGUGACUUAAAAUUAUAUAUAGAUACAGUAUAUUUAAAUCUUAAUACAUCUAUUUAUAGAAUUGACAAAUCUUUAAUAGAACUACAGAAAUCUAUUAAAUAUUUCGAAGAUACUAUAAACUCAGAACUUAACACAACAAAUGUGGAAAAUAUGGAUAUUCUAUUUAUUAAACAGCCUCUGUUUACAUUAAGCAAAAUAGUUAAAUUUAUUUUUUAUGAAGAUGAGGAGCAUAAUACUCGGAGUCUUUUGGAUAUAAUUUCUACUAAAAUUGUUUACAUUAAAAGCUACAUUUUUUCAACUUUUAAUAUUAUAAAAGUGAAUUCUAACUUAAUUUUGUUGAUAAUCGCUAUUAUUUUUAUUUUACAAAUUUAUAUGUUACAACAACUGAUUACACUAAAGAAAAAGCUACAAAAUACUUUACAAUUUAUUAAAAGCUACAGUUUAGCAAGAACAAGUCACAACUUUUAUGAUAAUCUACCUUUGCCUACAGCUUGUAAAUUACAAUCAAAUCCAGAAAAGUUGCCAGACAUGAGUCACAUGACUCGUGGAUAUAGUAUUAUAGAUAGUGAUCCUAAAACAUCGGGGGUUUUCCUUCAAAAUCUUAAAUAUGACUCUUUGACUAAGGAUUCCAGAAUAUGUAACAAUAAGAGCCAGGACAAAACCCCUCCUCAUAAUAAUAAGGAGUCAUUAAAAAGUGGGGAUUAG